AAAAUAUUUUUAUUAAGUCACGGGAUACAUUUGAGGUGAAAGUUAAAAAAAGAAUACUUCGUCCUACUGUAAAAUUGUACAUUUUUUUUAAUCAUCUUUAUUAUCAUCUUAUGUAGAAUUGACAAUAGCUGUGAGGGUGGACAGGCGAGGCAUCCAUUGAAUGUGAGGCCACGCCCCCGUGUCGCUGACGUCGUAGGGGACGUCGACGUCAUGGUUGUCCAUCAGCGUUUCAAGGGCAGGACUGAUUUCAAACAGAGCGUAGCCCAGUUAUUUUUGUAAACACUGGAAUUAUACGAACGGCGGCGGUUCCGCCCAUUGUUGCACGAUUGUAAUGGGAGCUUCUCCUCAUCUGAAUGUUAAACCACAGAGAGUGUUCCGUGCCUCAGGCCGCUGACACAACUUGAGAACCACAGUGAUCACAGCGAAGCGUCUCUUGAGGGACGUCACACCGGCUCUGUUCUUUUACCGUCUCUCUGGGUCAUCAUGGCGGAUUCCAGCUUUAAUAACCUGACCUCUCUGGCCCGGGCGUUAUCACAGCCUAAACUGGAGCUGGCUGAGGGCAACGACUUCUCCCCGACGCGCAGCGGCCAGGUGCAGCCGUGCCGGAGGAGAAAGUUAUCCAGCUGUAACUCGGUGGAGUCCGUUGUGUCCGUGAGAUCACCAUCGGAUGAGGCGAGAGUUCUGGUUAUCAACACCGGAGGAACCAUUGGGAUGACCAUUCAUGACAACGUCCUUGCUCCAAAAGCCAAUGCGUUCGUGAAAAGCCUCCGUAAGCUGCCUAUUCUCCACGAUGAGACCUACGCUCAGCAGACCUGUAUGUUUGACUACUAUUCGUCAGAGAACACCCUGGUGCUGCCAAAGACGACGUCCGUUUCGGAACUCCAGUGUACUAGGAUGAGUAAAGGAAAUAAAAGAGUCGUCUAUACCGUCUUGGAGUACAGCCCCCUGCUGGACUCUUCCAAUAUGACCACUGACGACUGGGGGAGAAUUGGAAAGGACAUUGAGAAUAACUACCAAAACUACGACGGCUUCGUGAUCCUCCACGGCACAGACACCAUGGCUUACACGGCCUCCGCCCUGUCCUUCAUGUGUGAACAUCUGGGCAAACCGAUCAUUCUCACCGGCUCACAGGUUCCCAUCUAUGAGAUGAGGAACGAUGGCAGAGGGAACCUGCUGGGGGCGCUGCUGAUUGCUGGACAAUUUGUUAUACCUGAGGUGUGCCUCUAUUUCUACAACAAACUCUACCGAGGAAAUCGGGUGACAAAGGUGGAUGCUGGGAGUUUCAACGCAUUUGCCUCCCCCAACCUGGCUCCCCUGGCCACUGCUGAGGUGGACAUCACAAUUAACUGGGAUACGGUGUGGAGGGCCAACACUACGGCCAAGUUUCAAGUCAGCACAGAGCUGAACCGAAACGUGGGCCUCCUCAGGCUGUUCCCAGGAAUCACUGCUGCUACCGUGCGGGCCUUUCUGCAGCCGCCCAUGGAGGGCGUGGUCCUGGAAACCUACGGCAGCGGAAAUGCCCCAGAUAACCGUCCGGACCUGCUGGAGGAGUUGAGGAAGGCGACUGACUCCGGUGUCAUCAUGGUCAACUGCACCCAGUGUCUCCGGGGCACCGUGUCCACGUCCUACGCCACGGGCAAGGUGCUGAUCGACGCAGGGCUGAUAGUUGGUGGUGACAUGACUCCAGAGGCUGCCCUGUCCAAACUGUCCUAUGUUUUGGCCAAGAAGGACCUGAGUCUGGAAACCAAACGAAAGAUGAUGAGUCAGAACCUGCGAGGUGAAAUGAGCGUGGACAUGGCAGGAUCCAAGCUGUGUCUGAGCAACAGCCGCUUCAUCCAGGUCAUCGCCAAGUCCCUGAGCGUCAGCUGCAAAGAGGAGCUGGAAGCCAUCCGCGAUGCUCUGACUCCGCCGCUGGCGUGUGCCGCCGCCAAGAUCGGAGACACAGAAGCCUUAGAAGCUCUGAAAGACAUGGGCACCAACUUGUGUCUGGGUGACUACGACGGCCGCACACCUCUCCACAUUGCUGCGUGCGAGGGUCACCUGAAGGUGGUGCAGUAUCUUCUCAUCCACGGAGCCACGGUUUACGCUAAAGAUCGAUUCGGGGAUACGCCUCUGUGUAACGCAGUGCGUUUUAGGCACAAAGAAGUCGUGAAGCUGCUGAGAAAAACCGGAGCCCACUUCUCCAGGGACAAGUUGGAGGACGCCGGAGCUGAACUGUGCAAUCUGGCAGCCAUCGGUGACCUGGAGGGCCUGGAAAUCUGGAGCCUCGCCGGAGCGGACCUGAGCAAACCAGGCUACGAUGGACAGACGGUGAUUCAAGUGGCUCAGGCUGUUGGCAAACAGGAAGUCGUAGCAUUUUUAGUUCAGCUCAUGAACAAUAAAGCCAAGACAGUAUUUGGUGAAUUUAAUUCGUAUGAUGAAUAUGAUGAUGAUGAUGAGGAGAAUGGUGGCGUUAUUGAGUUCAACGCCACAUCAUCAGGACUGUGAGGCAGCAGCCGUCCACCGCAGGGGGUCACUUC